AUGAAAACCUCGGUGCAGAGCCACAUCAACGUCGGCCUCAUCGCCGGCGUCCUCUUCGUGCUCCUCACCUACCUCGUCGUCUCGCAGCAGACUGCCAUCAGCCGCCCCAACGUUGUCACUACGGUAGCACAAUGGCUCUCGAAUACUCCAAAUAAACAGCAGUUCCAAGGUCUCGGUGAAACAGUUGUCGCCACGAAAGAGCAACAGAUCGCGGAUAAACAGCUGAUUCAAGGCCCAAGUGAAACAGAGAAGCCCAACAGCAAGGUGGUGUGCAGCACGGAGGAGCGCUUAUCUGACUACUGCGAAGUUGAUGGCGACGUCCGCAUCAACGGCAAAGCCUGGUCGGUGGACAUCGUGCCCUCGGGCUGGUCGUCGUCGGAGCGCCGGGAGUGGAAGAUCCGGCCGUACUCGCGCCGGAGCGCGUCCAACGUCGACAAGCUCAACGUGACGCAGCUGCAGGACCCGGCGGCCGCCCCGCCGUGCACGGUGACGCACCACGUCCCGGGCGUCGUGUUCGCGCUCGGCGGGUACUCGGGCAACGCCUUUCACGACAACGCCGACGUGCUCCUGCCGCUCUUCCUGGCCUCGCUGCGGUACGACCGCGAGGUCCAGUUCCUCGUCAUCAACCGGGUCCAGCCGUGGUGGCUGGGCAAGUACAGGCUCGCCCUGCGCCGGCUGUCCAGGUACGACGUCGUGACCCUGGACGGCGACGCCCACGUCCGGUGCUUCCCGCACCUCACCGUGGGCCUCCGCCUGCACAAGGACUUCGGGGUCGUCCCCGAGUGGGUUCCGGGGCGGCGCCGCGUCUCCAUGCCUGACUUCACCAGGUUCCUGCGCGAGGCGUACGCGCUCCCGCGCGGCGCGCCGGUCAGCCCGGCCCGGGAGCCGGCGGGCAAGAAGCCGCGGCUGAUGCUGAUCCAGCGGCAGCGCACCCGGCGGUUCCUGAACGGGGAGGAGAUGGUGCGGGCGGCGGAGGCGGCGGGAUUCGAGGUCACGGUGACGGAUCUGGUGAUCGACGCGGCCGUGGACGAGCAGGCGCGGGUGGUGAACUCGUUCGACGUGAUGGUGGGCAUCCACGGCGCCGGGAUGACGAACGAGGUGUUCCUGCCGCCCGGCGGGGUGCUCAUCCAGGUGGUGCCGUGGGGGAAGCUGGACCUGAUUGCGAGGAUCGAGUACGGCGAGCCGGCGGCGGACAUGGGGCUCAAGUACCUCUGCUACAACGUCACCCUGGAGGAGAGCUCGCUGCUGGAGCUGCUGGGGCGCGACCACCCGGCGAUCAAGGACCCGGACUCCAUCCACCGCAAAGGCUGGGCAGCCAUGUUCGACAUCUACAUGACCAAGCAGGACGUUCGCCUCGACAUCACACGCUUCGCGCGCACGCUCGCGGAGGCCAUGGACCACCUACGCAGCCUGCAGUAG